ACUUGCCGCGUACGGCAAAGCGCGUUGGUUCAUAAAAAAAAAGAAAACGAAAUCGACAAAAAAAAGGGAAUUCUUUCAAAAGGGGAAGAAAAAAAUACCGCUUAAUUGCCCAACUAUGACAAGAGCACCUCUACAAAGUAAUCCGGCUGUUGUAUCUAUCGGCAGUUCAUCCAAAGAAAAACGUUUACCUGGACGUGAUCGAGCUUCUGACAGUCGACCGCAACAUGUCUCUACCAACAGAGACAGCGCGCGACGACAGCAUGUGAAUUCAAUGGCAUCAAGCAGUACCUCCCAGUAUUCUACCAUGGCGAGAAACGCAUCUGUCUUGUCCAAUCUAGGCGUACCCAUCGCACAAGGUCCUGUCGUUCCUAUUCUGACGCCGGAACAAAUGUACUCCAACUUUGAAGAGUGGAUCAAGAUGUGCACUGAUAACAAAGUCAAUGCCAGCAACAGUUGGAAUUUUGCACUCAUCGAUUACUUUCACGAAAUGACGUUCAUCCGCGAUGGUGAUACCAUUAACUUUCAAAAAGCAUCCUGUACCUUGGAUGGCUGUGUCAAAAUCUAUACCUCACGUGUCGAUUCAGUAGCUUCGGAAACCGGCAAAUUAUUGAGCGGAUUGGCAGACAGCGCCAGAGAUUCUCCUUCUGCGGACGAAACCAACGAACUGCAACGCGACGAUGCCAACGAACGAAGAACUCGACGUCGCGCAAAUCGGUCGGAAACUACCCUACUAAAAGACUUUUCUUCUAUUGCGCUAAAAAAAUUCGACCUCGAUUUUACCGUGGAUCCACUAUUCAAGAAAACAUCAGCCGAUUUUGAUGAAGGUGGAGCGCGUGGAUUACUUCUGAAUCACCUUAGUAUCGAUCGCGAAUGUAGAAUCAUCUUUGACGCUUCGGACACAAUUGCUGAGCAAACAUCCGAAGCCGACGCCCCCAAUGAAAAUUAUAUGAUUGAUGGUGAAGGAUUAUCACUGGAAACGAGUGAAGAGACAACGGCAGUCAACGAUGAAGAGGAAGCUGUUGCAGAGGGCGUUUCGAAUAAUAGCAAUGAGGCGGACGAUGCCAUGGAGGUUGACCUUGAAACCAAUACAGAAAAUGAUGCUUCAAUACCACAAUCCAGUAACGAGCUUGCUUCCAGCUCGGAAUCAAGCAUGGUAGAAAUUUCGCGCCUCAAAGCCAAACUACCAGCAUUGGAUGUGUUUCAAGAGUUAAACAUCUGCCCUACACUUCAAGGCAUCAACUUUUUCGCUGAUGCCGACUUCAAAAUGCCAAACUUUAACCAAGAGGACAAGGACGACCUGGAAAAUCCCGUCGCAGAGGCAGAUGAUAUCAAUCCAGCAUUUCCCGAUGAUCUUGAUGAUCUGACGAUGGAAUUCGAUAAUGAUAACGACGAAAUACUAGACGGUAUAGACGCCGCUGAUCCGUUUCAAAAUGACGAUAUCCAAAAUAAUCCGGAGACUGCAGCGGAAAUCGAUGACACUGGCGCUGAUACCGAUAAUUAUAUCAUGGCCAUGAUGAACAACGCCGAUCAAGAAUUAUUCAGCUAUUUCGAUGAAACGUUGCAGAAGAAUUGGGCCGGUCCCGAGCAUUGGAAACUGCGACGCCCUGUAUCAAAAGUUGGCAAACCGGAUACAAUCACAGAAGGAGAAGAGAGAACCACAAGAAAGACCAAGACAGCCUUCGAAAUUGAUUUUCUCAAUGGAGAAGAUGUGGACGAGGAGGAAAUCUUCGCAGUUGACAAGCGUGUCCGUAUCACGAUGCCCGUGGUUAAAGAUGCGAAUAGGACGCCAUCGAAGCAUUUGUUACCCGAUGAUGUUCAUUUCUCCUCAAAGCAGUUGUUAAGACUAUUUCUCAAACCGCGUUUCACUAACGAUACGCGUAGAAAUCCGAUCCAACAAAGAGACCAUGAAAUAUCUGCAGCAGAGACUAAUAAUGCGGUGCAAACAACUCAGCCAGACAAUGACAUGGAUAUGGGACCUGAUGUGCAAUUCUGGGCUGAGCAAGAGCUGGAGAUUGACGCUCCACUAGACAGUGAUAAUCUCGAAACGAGUGUGUCUCCCGAUGAUGACAUGUUAGCAGAACCAACCCAAUUAUCAACAUACGAUGACAGCGCAUUUUAUAACGACUCAAUGUUGGAUACUUAUGACGAGACAGAACCAUCUGCAUUAUAUGGCGAUGCCCUGAUCACAAAUCAUCGACUAAACAAAGUGAAACCACUCUACGUCAACUAUGCACGUACCGCGAAACGAGUAGAUGUGAAGCGGCUGAAAGACAAUCUCUGGAAGGUGCUAACGACAUCGAAUGAAAAUGGCACGGUAGAUACAUCAGGCAUCGAUCCAUCAGCAGAGAAAGUUCAUGGGGAGCGACGGUUCACAGAAAUCAUUCAGAGUCUUAAAGAGAUGUAUUCUCCCAAGACCAUGAAGGAUAUCUCGGUAUCAUUUUGCUUUAUAUGCUUGCUGCAUCUGGCCAAUGAAAAGAACCUCAGCAUUGUAGGAAAUUCUCAUUCUGAAGAAGAUGAUGAUUUUGUUCUAGGCGAUGAUCUGAUGGACGAAGCUAUUCUGAAUGAAAUCACCAUUUUGCAAAAUGUAUAGCCAUUUGCAAGGUUGAAGGAGUCUAUUCCUUCUUUUUCAUUCAGAGCAUUUCUCUGUAUAUGUUAUUAUUUCCUCUUUUUGUACUUUAUAUCCAUGCUUUCCCGUCACAUCUUUCCUAGAGUUUCAAACUAUUCAAUCAAUAUAUUAUCAUCCCUGAAGCUUCAGUAUUUCCACUGUUGGAGACGGUUAAAUAUGGAUACAAUGGGC